ACUACUGAGUAGUGAGUACUGACAACACAACACAGCUCGAUUAGUGUGCCAUUAGCCUAACUGCCCCAACACCUCACUCCCUCACGCACUUGCACUGCGCAAACCCUAAACUCCCCCGCUCUCUCUCUCUCUCUAAAACAUGUCGAGCGCCGAUCCCGAACACCGGGAGGAGGAUGAAGCACCCGCUCCCGCCGAUGACGAAGACACCGGAGCUCAGGUUGCUCCUAUCGUCAAGCUCGAGGAGGUUGCUGUCACUACCGGCGAAGAGGACGAAGAUGUCAUCCUCGAUCUGAAAUCGAAGCUUUACCGAUUCGACAAGGAUGGGAAUCAGUGGAAGGAGCGAGGCGCAGGUACCGUCAAGUUCCUGAAGCACAAGGCUACUGGCAAGGUUAGGCUUCUCAUGAGGCAAUCCAAAACCCUCAAGAUCUGCGCCAAUCAUCUCAUUUUAGCUACUAUGUCCGUGCAAGAGCAUGCUGGGAACGAUAAAUCUUGCGUCUGGCAUGCAAGGGACUUUGCUGACGGUGAACUCAAGGAUGAGCUCUUCUGCAUCCGAUUCCCUUCAGUUGAAAAUUGCAAAAGCUUCAUGGAAACAUUCCAAGAAGUUGCAGAGUCCCAGAAGAAAGAGGAAGGAGAAGAAGGAUCCGCAGCAGCUGGUCUUCUUGAGAAAUUGAGUGUUGAAGAGAAGACAGAUGCAGAGAAGAAAGACGAGAAGUCUGAGGAAAAAGAAUCCAAAACAAAACAGGAAACUAAGGCAGAUGCAGAGAAGGAAGGUGAAGAGCCUGCUUCAUCAGCUUGAGUAUUAUUCAUUCACAUUUUACAGUACAUGGUUAAUAUGACAAGGUUGUGUUUGCCAUCACAUCUUGGGAUAGUGUCAUACUCGUUAGUCAUGGAAUUGUGUCAGAGCCAUGCAAUUAAUUGAGGUGUUUGUGUCCUCCUUUGAGUCUUCUUGUCAUCAAGCUUAAGUUAGAGUUGGGUUUGAAUUCUAAGGCUUGAGCAUUCUGGGUCUGGGAGUUUUGAGUGUUCCUUUCAUUCUAUAUAUUUAUUCGAGUAACGAGUUAUCUUGGUCAUGGUCCGGCACUCUGUAGGGAGCAGUCGAGAAACAAAGUUAUAAACAAAGGUUUUGGAUACAAAUUGUUUGUUUUCAAGAAAUUUUAAAGUUUCAAAGCUACAACUUAGUUUUGCCUGCA